CUCAGUUCCAUCUUCCGCAAACAUUCACUUCCACUGUUACGCGGAUGACACCCAGCUCUACAUUUCCUCAAAACCAACCUCCUCCCUUCCUCCCUCACUCUCUGUUUAGAUGACAUUGACUCUUGGCUCUCCUCUAACCUCCUCCUACUCAACAGCUCAAAAUCAGAAGUCCUCCUGGUUGGAACCAUCGGCAUGUUAUCUCAUGUCAAUAAGUUCUCUAUUACCAUCAACAAUGUACCGAUCUCUCCUUCUACUCAGGUUAAGAGUCUGGGUGUCAUCCUAGACAGCAUGCUCUCCUUCCGGUCACGUAUCAACGGCAUCACCAGAUCCGCCUACUUCCACCUUAGCAAUAUUUCUCGUCUCCUCCCUUCCCCCCUCACCCGCAAUACCGCUUCCACCCUGGUCUGUAGUCUAAUAACCUCCCAGCUCGAUUACUGUAACUCCCUACUCUUUGGUCUCCCUAACAAUUCUCUUUCAAAAACUGCUGCUCCUCCAGAACUCAGCAGCACGCUUCAUCACCCGGACCCCUGCCACACACCACAUCACCCCCAUCCUCUGUCAGUUUCACUGGCUUCCAGUCAAAUAAAGAAUCAAUUACAAGAUUAUCAUCAUUACCUUCAAAGCACUCCAUGGCCUGGCCUUCGUAAUCUACUCUGUUUAAACAAUCUACCCCAUCCACUUCGCUCUUCCACGAUCCUUCACCUUUCCGUCCCCCCGUGUCCGUCUCUCCACCUUUGGUUCUAGAGCUUUUAGUCACUGUGCCCCUGCUCUGGAACUCCCUACCCCCUGACCUUCACAAUAUAUCUACCCUGUCACUCUUCAAAUCCAGACUCAAAACACACCUGUUUACUCUUUCUUACCCACCAUGAUCCCCAGCUCUGUUUUAUCUUUACGUCUAUUUGUUGUGCUUUCAAUCUUUUUAUGAUUGUUUUUAGGGCCCGAGCACUAAGCAGCGAGAGCUAUAUUGUAAUGCAAAGGAUUUUCUUUUCUUAGCAAAUGAAAAUGGCCAAUUUGGAGGCCUGAACAUGCUUGAAAACUCACCAAAAUUUGCACAUACAUGCGGCUUUUCGUAAAUUUAGAUAACUUUGCAUCGUUGCGAAAAAAUAAAACAAAAUGGCUCAGUGGCGCCCCCUUGAUUUUUUAAAAAAAGGCCUCUCCAUUUAGGUUUUUUCAAUGUACAGCAAUAAAGUUAGGGGAGUCGAUAGCUUGUGCAAAAGUGCUCCAAAAAGUCUUUUUGCACUCAUAUUCCAAACCCAACAUGAAAUCGAAUAUUUUUGAUUGAAUGUGAAUUUUUUAUUGAUUUACAGGGUGCACAUUUGAGACCUUGUCGCCUAGGGCGUUAGUUGGAUCGUCUUCAAAAUUAGUGAGACUGUUCAGGAGACAUAUGAGAUCUUAAGUUUUCAAAAUAGUGCAUUUUCAUUUGUGGGUCUGACCUGGGCAGGCUGCCAAAGUCGGCCAUUUUUUGGCAAAACACUAAAUUCAAUAAAGGCUAAUAACAAUAAAAUGACUAAUAACUCCAUCAUACAACGUUCAAUCUUUUUCAUAUUUAGCAUGUACGUGAGGUAUACCUGCCCAUUAAGCCUGGCGACCCCUAGUGGGAACAGGAAAUGCCCUUUGUUACGAGACUGGCUCCUCCUCAGGUCAUUCAUUGUCAGACAGAAGCAGCACGGCAAAACGACACGCUAAAAAAUAAGUAAAAAUAUCAAAAUGGCUUACCUCUUCCUCUUCUGAAUCACCUUGGCCCCCAACAAAAUGUUCACUGCAAAUGAAGUGUGAAUGGCUUCACCUUACUGGCCUUAAACUGGUCUUUUGGACAUCCACACAAGUUAAUUAAUUCUGAACAUUUUUUCCUCUGAGUUUUUGGUUUCAGGAAAUGUAUGAAGAAAAAUAUCCUUCAUACGUCGUAAUGUCUAGAGUCGUUUCUACAAGUUCGAUAGCAGCAGUGUUUGAUUGUCCUGUUCUUUUUUGAAAGAUUACCGGAGAAAACAAGCAGAAAUAAUAUGGUUUGUAUGCGAGGGAGUGUCUAUAAUGUCCCACUUCCCGAAAAUCAACAGAAGGGACCCAAACCAACUAGGAAGUGACCCAAAAUCAACAGGAAGUGACCUUGAAAUGCCCCAAAAUCAACAGGAAGUGAACAAAAAUAACGAGGAAGUGAACCAGAAAUGCCCCAAAAAUUUACAGAACGUGACCUGAAAUCAACAGGAAGUGAACUAUAAUAACCAGGACAUGACUUCACAUUUUCUCCUCUGAGUUUUUGGUCUCGGUGAAUGUAUGAAGAAAAACAUCCUUCAUACGUCGUAAUGUCUAGAGUCCUUUCUGCAAGUUCCAUAGCAGCAGUGUUUGAUCGACCGGUUCUUUUUUGAAAGAUUACCGAAGAAAACAAGCAGAAAUAUUUAUGGUUUGUAUGCGAGGGCGUGUCUAUAAUGUCCCACUUCCCGAAAAUCAACAGAAGGGACCCAAACUAUCUAGGAAGUGACCCAAAAUCAACAGGAAGUGACCUCGAAAUGCCCCAAAAUCAACAGGAAGUGAACAAAAAUAACGAGGAAGUGAACCAGAAAUGCCCCAAAAAUUAACAGAAUGUGACCUGAAAUCAACAGGAAGUGAACUAUAAUAACCAGGACGUGACCUUGCAAUUCCCCAAAAUCAACAGGAAGUACCCAGAAAUGCCUCAAAACCAUCAGGAAGUGAUCCAGAAUCAACAGAAAGUGACCUGGGAAUGCCUAAAAAAAAAUAACAGGAAGUGACCUGAAGAUCCCAUGACCCAUGAGAGAGCAAGGCAUCCCCAUGCAAUUUCUGACCGAGGCUUUAUAUAUUAUGAUAUGACGAUUGUCAUGUGGCAAAUUGUAUUCUUGUGGGGAUUACCCUUGAAGUGGUCGUUUUAGUCCCCCUUUCCUCACAAAAAUUCCCUCCUUUAUGGCACUGUGGAAAUAGCCACCCUAGCUGCGGCAAUAGGAUAGUGAGGUAACAAUUUAUGCCAGCAGCGCCAGGAAGACUGUGACACCUUAGCAACAAACAAGUCGAGCCACCCACUGAGAGGAGGAGGAGGAGGAGCUACGCAUUUAGCACAUUUGACACAGCCGCUUUAAACCCAAUGGCGCCAUCAAGGGGCGGAUCGGGGUGGCCACCGCCCCCACCCCGUAGAUAUCCCUCCGAUUGUGUCUAGAAUCUGACACUGAAGCCAUAUUGAAAUUAUUGUUUCCUUCAGAGAGACGGUGGGCCGACCUAUAAAAUAUUUACCUGCCAUUGACGGCAAUAUACGUCCAAUCCGUUUUGACUGGGAGGGGUGAACGAAUGCCCAAAAUCAUGAGAACCUGACCUCAAAUCAACAGAAAAUGGACAGGUAGGGUUCCAAAACCAACAGAAAAUGAACCUUAAGAACUCUAAGAUUAACGAGGAAGUGACCUGCAAGUGCCCCAAAAUCAACAGGAAGUGAACAAUGAACAGACAGCAACCUGAAAAUGCCCCAAAUUCAACAGGAAAUGCUCCAAAAUGUACCGCUGACCCAAAUUCAAAGGACUUGGAAAUUCCCCAAUAUUGACUAAUGAGCAGGAAAUGAUGCAGAAAUGCCCUAAAAUCAACAGGAAGAGACCAAAAUCUACUUUCUGGAAGUUAUCUAAACCCAACAGUAAAUUAACUGUAAAUGCCUCAAAAUUGAGAUUACCCAGAAAUUCCCUAAAAUCAAUAGGAAAUUAUCCAAACUGUACAGGAAGUGACCCAAAACCAACAGGAAGUGACCCAGAAAUGCCUUAAAAUCAAUAGGAAAUGAUCCAAAAUGUAUAAGAAGUGACCGAGAAAUGCCCUAAAAUCAACAGGAAGUGACCAAAAUCUAAUGACAUCGACCCCAAAUCAACAUGAAGUGAUCUGUAAUUGCCCCAAAACCGAGAGGAAGUUAUCUAUGAUCAAAAUGUAUAGGAAGCGACAAAAAAAAAAGAAAAUGCCCUAAAAUCAACAGGAAGUGACCAAAAUCGACUGAAAUUGACCCAAAAUCAACAGGAAGUGACCCAGAAACGUCCUAAAACCAAUAGGAAAUGAUCCAAAAUGUAUAGGAAGUGACUCAGAAACGCCCUAAAAUGAACAGGAAGUCACCAAAAUCGACUGAAAUUGACCCAAAAUCAACAGAAAGUGACCCAUAAGUGCCGCAAAAUCAACAGGAAAUGAUCCAAACUCAACAGCAAACUACAAAAUGCCAUUUCUAGAGUAAUAUUAAGUCACUUCCUGUUAAUUUAGGGGCAUUUCAGGGUCACUUCCUGUUGUUUUUGACGUACAUGGCUGUUAAUCGCAUCGACUUACACAUGCAUCAAUGUAAUCCAAGUACAGCGGCAUCAAUAGAAUCAGCACACACGGCUGUCAAUGGCAUCGACAUACAUGGCCGUCAGUGGCAUGGACGUGCAUGGAUGUUAAUGGCAUCGACUUACUUGUGUGCCAGUUGAAUGGCAGUGAGCUGUAAUGGCAAGUUUUUGGUCAAAAAUCACAACUACUCAUGUUUUUCAACCAUUGAAAAUGAAUGGGAAAUUAAGUCCAUUAGAAAUGAAUGGAACGACGUACCUUACAUAGCAAUGGAAUCCCAUUGGAAACGAAUGGGAAAUUUUUGGCCAAAUUUUGGGGGAACUGUACGUUUUUGGAAAAUUAUGUUUUAUGCCCCUUACCUUUCUGAAAUUUUUGAUUAAUGAUUUAUGUGAAUUGGAUAGAAAAUUGUAGGACUAGAUACAUUAUUUCUUUUAAAUCCCCAGCAAAUGAUUCAAAAUGUACAGGAAGCGACCAUAAGCUAACCCAUAAAUCACCUAAAAUUAACAAGUGACCAAAAAAUGAGCUCAUAUGGCUCCUCCUAGUCCAAAGGAAUUGAACGUCUAACGUCAACAAUAGCACUGAAAAAUGAGAAUUCAAAGCCAUUUAAAUGCUCCAAAAUUAACAGGAAGUGAUCAAAAAUCUAAAGGAAGUGACACAAAAAUGCACCAAAAUGAAUAGGGAGUGAGGUAAAAUCUACAGGAAGAGACCUAUUAGAGAGAACAACGCAUCCCCACACGAUUUCCCCUGAAAUUGCAUUUUCUAGUUUGUGUGUCACAACGAGAUUUCAAGCAUCCCCAUUUGUACACCAUUGUGAAAAAUUUCCAAAGGCGCCGCUGCUUAACCCCCUCCCAUCCACCCCGUAGACACCCCACCCCCGCCUCACCCUGGGAGAAAGAUGGAGAGGAGGGGUUGGGAUGGGAGGGAUGAGCAAUAAAGAGCAGAGAGCAAGCACGCUCCGCUGCUGGAGGAAUCGGUGAAGACGCAAGAUUGUGUGAAUCCGAACAAGGAGGGGCGCGCGCAGGGACAUUGUCAUGUACCAGCAACCGCUGGCACCCGCGCGACGGCGUCUCCGUUGUUCUGAGCCGUGACCGCCGGGGAGACGACGGGAGGGGCGUGAUGGCUCCUCCGGUUUUAUCGGCGUCUCCUCCCGUUCCUCGUCCCUCGACGUCCUUCCUGAACGGAGGCUGCCGCCCGCAUGCGUGUGAAGCCUGAGGAACCGGCGCUCGCCAUCCAGACCAAAUACUUCCAGACCUCAUUAUUUUUGCGGUAUUUACCUCGCAUGGUUCUGCAUUUUAUCUUGCAGAAGAACCGCAGGGAUAAAAUGGAGGGUGCUACAAGAAGGUCAAUCGAGGACCAGGGAUGAAGAUUGGUCAGCCUCGGUAAGCGCUCCUGUGAUCUUCAGGAACAAAAGAGUUGGAGAGGAACUUCAAUCGAAAGCUCGAACAAAAGAGAAGGUGGAUUUGGGGAAUGGAUGAAGCUAAUUGGAGAAACUGCAUCUCUUCCCGUCUCACCGUCGGAUUCUUCCGCAUCCCGAUACUCUGACAGCGUCAGUAGUUCACGUCCCCGUUUGGGCUUUCGUUCGUUUACUGCGUGUCAACCCAAGCCGGACCCCAUGAGCGACGGCGGCGCCUUGCAGCAGCGCACCACUUACCUCAUCUCCCUAACCUUGGUCAAGGUAGAGGCAGUGGAGGAGAAUGCAGGGGAAAUCCAGAGGAGCACCCCGGGGAGGGAGGAGAGAAAGGUGGGGACUGGAGAAAGCGAGCUCCAACCUCUGGAGGCUCCUCUGCAAUCAAGUAAAGUCAAAGAUGAAACUCUGUGUAUCCCCUCCCAGCCAGAAAGAGACACGAGUCCAAAGUCUCUAGACCCAGACUUGAGGGAACCAGAGAUAGAGGAGGAGAAUGCAUGGGAGGUCCAGAGAAGCACCCUGGGGAGGGAGGAGAGCAAGGUGGGGACUGGCGAAACCUCACUCCAACUUCUGGAGACUCCUGACCAGUCAAACAAGGUCAAAGAUGGAGGAAGCACCUUGAAAGAUGAACCGCCGUCCAUCCUCUUCCAGCCAGAGACAUCCACAAGUCCAAAGUCUGUAGACCCAGACUUGCGGAAACCAGAGAUAGAGAAGGAGAACGAAUGGGAGGUUCAGAGAAGCACCCCAGGGAGGGAGGAGAGCAAGGUGGGGACUGGCGAAACCUCACUCCAACCUCUGGAGGCUCCUGUCCAAUCGAGCGAGGUCAAAGAUGGAGGUAGGACCUUGAAAGAUAGACCACUAUGUAUCUCCUUCCAGCCAGAAAGAACCACAAGUCCAAAGUCUGUAGACCCAGACUUUAGGAAACUGGAGAUAGAGGAGGAGAAUGCAUGGGAGGUUCAGGGGAGGGAUGAGUGCAAGGUGGGGAUUGGAGAAACCUCAGUCCAACCUCUGGAGGCUAAAGCUCCUGUCCAAUCCAAUGAAGUCAAAGAUGGUGCUCCGACCUUGAAAGAUGGCCCACCAUGGAUCCACUUCCAGCCAGAAAGAGCCACGAGUCCAAAAUCUGUAGACCCAGAGACGAUCCGUAGCGCCCCUGAAACGAAGCAAUCCUGGCCUACGGAGACGCUAGAACCCGUCCGUACCCCGACUAGGACUAGCCUGCCCAUCCGUCCUGUCAGUCUGCUGAAAUCACACGGCUGCACAUCCGCCCGCGGCCGGGACUCCAGGGAGGCUCGGGAACGUAGCCCCGCCUCAGCCCAGAGUCUGGACCGCAAAGACAGCCGGGUGCCUUCGCGUUCGCCAGGCCCGUGCAGGGCCUCCUGGGCGGAGGCCGGCGGGACGGAUCUGUGGAGGGACGCGCGGGACGAGGUCCCGGCAGCUGCGCCACGCAAGGAUAGACUCAAGUCGGGUUCCGGUUCACUCCCCGUACCGGCUAGCCGGGCUAGCAAAGCUCCCCGCAAGGGGAAGAGUCGCACGCUGGAUAACAGCGACUUGAAGAGCCUCUCUCAAGACCUGGCGCUGAGCAAGGAGGCCCAGCAGGGCCAGCGAGGGGCCUCCAAGGAUAGGAAGAUGUUGAAAUUCAUCAGCGGCAUUUUCACCAAGAGCAAUUCGGGGCCAUCACCAAGCCCGCUCUUUAUUCAGAGGGACUCCAGCGAGGAGGAAGUUAACAUUGCCAACAGCCAGGAAUGGAGCUUGGGCAGAUCCGUCCCGGAGCUGAGACUGGGUAUUCUGGGAAGCCUGAAAAGUGGCAAGUCCGCCCUGGUGACCAAAUACAUCACCGGCAGCUACGUUGCGCUGGAGAAACCCGAUGGCGGCAGGUACAAAAAGGAGGUGCUCGUGGACGGACAGAGUUACCUGUUACUGAUCCGAGAGGAAGCCGGGGCCCCCGACGAGCAGUUCUGCGGCUGGGUGGACGCCGUCCUUCUGGUGUUCAGUCUGGAAAAUGAAGAGAGUUUCCAGGAGCUUUACCGGCUGUACGGCCAGCUCAGCUCGCAGCGGGCCGACGUACCCGUCAUCGUCGUCGGCACUCAAGAUAAGAUCAGUAGCGGCAACCCCCGAGUGAUCGACGACAAACGAGCCCGACAGUUGUGCAUGGACGUACGUCACUCACUCUUCUACGAGACCUGCGCCACCUACGGCUUCAACGUCGAUCGAGUCUUCUCGGAGGCCGCCCAGAAAAUGGUGGCCCAAAAGAAGCAGACGGGUCUCCAGGCCUGCAAGUCGCUGCCCAACUCUCCGAGUCACUCCGGAGGCUCAACACCGGGAUCGGCCUCCUUCCCGGGACAGGUCAGCAACGGCGUGGGUGGCGGCUACGCCUGUUCCCUCCCCUCCACACCCGUGCUCAGUCACAGGGAGUUGAGGGUGGCGCAUGGGGAGGGUGGCGCCCGUUCACUCAAGAGCGUCCCCCGGAGGCCCUCGCUCUUCAAGAACCGGGACCCGGAUAGGAAGGGCGCUGAUGCUAAAGGAGAUAGUGGCGCUACACGGGCCGUUCCCAUCAAACAGAGCAUCCUGUGGAAGAGAAGUGGCAGCUCGCUGAAUAAGGAGUGGAAGAAGAAAUAUGUCACCCUGUCCAAAAAUGGCACCCUCUGCUACCACUCCAGCUCCAGUGACUACAUGCAGAACGUGCACGGGAAGGAAAUCGACCUGCUACGCGUGACGGUGAAGGUUCCCGGCAAGCGGCCCCCGAGGGCCGUGGCGCCCGCGGGCCCCUCGCCGGUGCCCCCCGCCUCCUCCGGGGUCAAUGGGCUCGCCAAGGAGAUGCCGAGCUCUGAUGGCUCCAGCACAGUUCCCCAGUUGUGUCCUUCCACCCUGUCUGUGCUGGACGACCGCUCCACCACUGUCGGGGAACGAGGACUUCAACGCUGCCCCUCGUCCCUGUCCACAAAAGCACAAAGCGUCGAUGCCCUCGAAGGGACGUCGGGACCUUUUUCCGGAAAAGACGCCGGCCAAUCAUCUCCCAUGAGCGACCGCAAGAAGAACAAAAGGAAGAAGAGCAUGAAUCAGAAAGGAGACGCCGCCGCCACAGCCGUCGCCGUCGGGCAAGCGGAAGCCAAACGCAAAAUGUGGAAGUUAAAAAGCUUCGGUAGCUUGAGAAACAUUAACAAGACAGAUGAAGAAAAUGCCGACUUUAUCAUUGUGUCCUUUACCGGACAGACGUGGCACUUUGAGGCUCCCAGUCUGGAAGAGAGGGACUCGUGGGUGGCGGCCAUCGAGAGUCAGAUCUUGGCCAGCCUGCAGUCUUGUGAGAGUAGCAGAAACAAGGCACGCCGCAGCAGCCAGAGCGAGGCGGUGGCACUGCAAGCCAUCCGGAACACCAAAGGCAACAACCUUUGCGUGGACUGUCAAGCACCAAACCCCACCUGGGCCAGCCUCAACCUGGGCGCGCUGAUCUGCAUCGAGUGCUCGGGGAUCCACCGUAACCUGGGCACUCACCUGUCUCGGGUACGCUCCUUGGACCUGGACGACUGGCCCGGAGAGCUGACGCGAGUGCUGGCCGCCAUCGGGAACCACACGGCCAACGGCGUCUGGGAGGCUCGAACUCUGGGCAGGCCCAAACCCGCCCCCAACGCUUCACGCGAAGAGAGGGAAUCGUGGAUUCGCGCCAAGUACGAGCAACGGGCCUUCGUGCCGCCCCUCCGGCCGCCGGCGGAUGACGACAUGGCAUCUCGGCUGCUGUCGGCGGUAAACGAGAGAGACCUUCCGGGUCUCCUUCUGCUGCUGGCCCACAGCAGCAAGGAGCUGGUCAACGCCCGACCGCCCCCCACCGGCACCGCCCUGCACGCCGCCUGUCAGCUGGGCGACGCCGUCAUGGCGCAACUGCUCAUCUGGUACGGAAUCGACGCGAAAGCCAGGGACCACCAGGGCCGGACGGCAAUGAUGAUGGCCAAAAAAAGCGGGAGCAAAGGUUGCGUGGAUAUUUUGCUCCAACACGGCUGCUGUGACGAGACUUCGCCCGCCGCGACCACGCCCGUUCUCGCGCGCCGCUCAAGCGGCGCUGGAAAACACGGACCGUAGCCCGCCAAAAAGAUCCGGACUGUGAUAAGAAGAGGUUGGGAGGGAGACUGAAAUGAGUCGCAAGCACUGUUGUCGCCAUACAAAAAUUUUCAAUGCCAUAUCAAUACCCUCAGAAAUACCAUUUUCAAUACUACAAAAAUCCUAAAUUAAAUGUUUGUUUUUUUUUUUAAAUAAUACAGUAUUUACUCAAUGUUUCUCCAUUGGUGGUCAUUAUUUUUGACAACAGUUAAAAAAAAAAUACUUGCCCAACACUAACAGUAAAUGACCCAAAAUCUACAGGAAGUGACCUGGGAAUGCCUCAAAAACAACAAAGUGACCUGAAAUCAACAGGAAGUGCCCAAUGGUCAGGAAGUGCCUGGAAAUGCCCUAAAACCAACAGGAAAUGAUCCAAACUGUACAAGAAGUGACCCUUGCAUGCCCCAACCCCGAGUGUACAGUAAGUGACCCAAAAUCAACAGGAAGCGAUCGAGAAAUGCUCCAAAAUCAACAGAAAAUGAUGUGCAACCAACAGGAAGUGACCUGUAAAUGGCCCAAAAAAUUAGGAAGUGACCCAGAAAUGAUCUAAAAUCAAUAAGAAAUUAGCUAAAAUGAACAGGAAGUGACCCAGAAUAGCCCCAAUAUCGAUAGGAAGCUAUCUGGAAAUAGGAAGUGACCCAAUCAACAUGAAGUGAUCCAAAAUGAUCAGCAAGUGACCCAAAAUCAACAGAAAGUGACCUGUAAAUGCCCCAAAAUUUACUGUAUAGGAAGUGACCUAAAAAUGUCCCAAAAUUAACAGGAGGGGAUCUAAUCAAUUUGAACUGCAAAUGUUCCAAAAUCAUUAAGAAAUUACCUGAAAUUCACAGGAAAAGACCCAGAAUAGGCCCAAUAUCAAUAGUGAGUGACUUGAAAAUAGGAAGUGACCUGUAAAUGCCACAAAACAAUAGGAAGUGAUCCAAAAUGUACAGGAAGUGACCUUUAAUUUCCCCAAAUCAACAGAAGGUGAUCCGAAAUGACCAGUUCGUGACCCAAAAUGCUCCAAAUUUAAUAAGAAAUUAGCUAAAAUGAACAGGAAGUGACCCAGAAUAACCCCAAUGUCAAUGGGAAGUUAUCUGAAAAUAGGAAGCGACCUGUAAAUGCCCCAAAAUUUCUAGGAGGUGACCUAAAAAGGUUCCAAAAUUAACAAGAAGUGACCCAAAAUCAUCCAGAAGCGACCUGUAAAAUCCCCCAAAUUGAUAGGAAGUGACCUAAAAUGUCCCAAAAUGACCAAGAAGUGACCCAAUCAACAUGAAGCGAUCUGAAGUGAUGCGCAAGUGAUCGAAAAUCUACAGGAAGUGACACGUAAAUGCCCCAAAACAUUACGAAGUUACCCAGAAAUGUUCCAAAAUCAAUUUGAAAUGAGCAGGAAGUGACCUAGAAUAACACUAAUAUCAAUAGGAAGUGAACUGUAAAUAUCCCAAAAUUUAUAGGAAGUGACCCAAUCAACAUGAAGUGAUCCAAAAUGAUCAGCAUGUGACCCAAAAUCAACAGGAAGCGACAUGUAAAUGCCCCAAAAUUUAUAGGAAGUCACCUAAAAAUGUGCCAAAAUGCAACAGGAAGUGACCCAAUCAACAUGAAGUCAUCCGAAAUGAUUAGCAAGUGACCCAAAAUUAACAGGAAGUGACCUACAAAUGCGCCAAAACAUUAGGACGUCACCCAUAACUGUUCCAAAAUCAAUCAGAAAUGACCUGAAAUCAACAGGAAAUGACCCAGAAUUACCUCAAUAUCAUAGGAAGUGACCUGUCAAUGCCACAAAACAAUAGGGAGUGACCCAAAAUCAACAGGAAGUGACCUUUAAUUGCCCCAAACCAAUAGGAAGUGAUCAAAAAUGAUCAGAAAGUUACCCACAAUGACCAGGUAGUGACCUAUAAAGGUUAGGAACAUUAGGAAGUGGCCCAGAAAUGCUUCAAAAUGAAUAGGAAAUGACCUGAAAAAAGGAAGUGACCUGUAAAUGCCACAAAACAAUAGGAAGUGACCUUUAAUUGCCCCAAAUCAACAGGAAGUAUCUGAAAUGAUCAGAAAGUUACCCAAAAUGCUCCAAAAUCAUUAAAAAAUGACCUGAAAUUCAAGUGACCAUUGAUCAGUAAGUGCCUGGAAAUGCCCUAAAAGCAACAGGAAAUGAUCCAAACCACCCAGAGUGUAUCGGAACUGACCCAAAAUCAACAAAAAGUGAUUCAGAAAUGCUCCAAAAUCAACACUCUAAAUGAACAGCAAAAAUUAAUUAGCUUUUCCCUAAUCAAAUUACUCGUUUAAUCGUUUCAGCACUAAUUCAUUCCUACUGAUUUCCAAACCAAGUGACUCAAUUUCAACAGGAAGCUACCCCUGAAUGCCCCAAAAUCAACUGGAAGUUACCCCAAAAUGACCCACAAUCAACAGGUGGUGACGCGAUAUCAACAAGAAGUGAUAUACCAACCAUCACUGCAAAGCUACCAUCGCAAUUUCUUCAGAAAUUGCAUUUUCUAGUUUAUUAAUGUACUUAUUAAUAAAAAAUAAUGUCAAAGUAAAAAAAUAUUUAAACAAAAAGUAAGAUAAUGACGUGUGAUAAUGAGUUAAAUAGCAACAAAAAAAAACAAACAAAAAAAACAAAGAACACACAAAAAAAUAAAGAUUAUUUGCCCUUCAAAGGGUCAAGUCAAAUCACGACAUGAUGUUCCGGAUAGGUUUGAAUGACGAAUUAAUGACUUCCGCCGGAGAGAGCAGUCGACCGGGAAGAGCGAGCAACAUAUCAAAGCGCUCAGAGCAAGCAAUAUUUAUUCGUUUUGUAGCUCACAUUCCUUCCUCUAAUCAAGUGCAAUAAUACAACCCCUAGCAAAAAGUAUGGAAUCACCAGUCUCGGACGAGCACUCACUCAGACAUUUUAUCAUGUAGAACAAACUCAGAUAAAAAACUUGAAGACGUAAUGAAUUAGUUCAAAGUGCAACUCUUUAGCAUUCAGAAACACUAAAAGAAAUGUAUAAAAAACAUUGUGGUGGUCAGUAAAUGUUACUUUUAUAGAGUAAGUGCAGGGAAAUAAAUAUAGAAUCACUUCAUUCUGAGGAAAAGUAUAUGGAAUCAUGAGAAACAAAGAAAUAACAAU